AUGACGGUCCUGCUGCUGCAGGGUCGCGUCCUCGUGACAGUGUGGAGCCUUUGGCUGGCAUCGGGCAGCAACGAAACGGGCAUCCGCGAGGGCACGCAUGCGAGCCUGUGCGGUGAAUACAGCAGCCGCGCGACGGCGAACGGCACGUGUCGGCUGGUGGCCACCGUGCCGCAGCUGGAAGGCCGGCGCUGCCCGGACCUGUUCCGCUGCACGGACGAGGUCUCCUACUGGCUGCACGAGAACGACGAGCGCAAACAGCAGAUGGCGGACCUCAAGGAGACAAUCUCCGAGCUCCAGGAGGAGCUGCGCAACCAUCGGCAUCGCAUCAACGUCCUGGAGCUACAGAAUGACGAUAAGAACGGCCUCAACCUGUCUCUGGGGCAAAGGUUCCACGCCCAGGAGCAGCGGAACACAGAGGCCGGCACUCUGCUGCACAUCCACGGUGCCCUCAUCUACGACAUGCAGAUGCAGAUACGCAACCUCUCCAUGCUGGUGGAGAAGGUGCGGCACAACCCCGGCUGCAUGGUCAACAUCAUCCGCACCAGCCCCCUCCUCAGCACCCAGGAAGCCCUCCACCCAGAGGUCCAGCAUGUGAGAAAUUGCCCUAUUGACUGUGCCUCCCUGUACUACAAUGGGGUGCACAGGUCUGGAAUCUAUAUUGUGGUCCCUUCACUGAGGGCAGUGCCAGUUGAAGUAUUUUGUGACAUGGAAACUGAGGGUGGUGGGUGGACAGUGAUCCAGCGACGGCAGGAUGGCUCAGUAAACUUCAACCGCAGCUGGAAGGAGUACAGGGAAGGUUUCGGGGACCUGAAGACAGAGUUCUGGCUGGGCAAUGAGCAUAUCCACGAGAUAUCCAACCAGGGAGACUACAAGCUGCGUAUUGAUCUGGAAGACUGGAAGAGCAAGCACAAGCAUGCCCUCUACGAGAACUUUCGCGUGGAUGAUGAGGAGAGCCGCUACCGCCUUCACGUGAGUGGCUUCAGCGGCACCAUAGAGGACAGCUUCAGCUGGUACCAUGACAAGCAAAGCUUCAGCACUCCCGACGUGGGGAACAUAUGUGCUGAGAUCGCGCAGGCUGGCUGGUGGUACCAUCACUGCUUCUAUGCCAACCUCAACGGGGUGUACUACAAGGGUGGUCGUUACUCGGCCAAAGGAAAGAAUCUGCUGGGUCCAAAUGGCAUCGUAUGGUACACGUGGAAGGACUCGGAUUACUAUUCACUCAAGAAGAUUCCAGUUUCCUCCAAUGGGUGCCCUUUGAAAUCACGGCUCAUUCCGGGGGGAGCUCGCUUUGGCUGCUAACAGCUGUGCCUGGCUUGAAAAACAGAGAUAAUUAAUGUCAUUUUACAACUGGA